UUUCCUCAGAAGUAAGUUGAUAUGUAAUAUUUUAUAUCUAUCAAUUCCCUCGCUUAGUACAACAUGGAUUCCUUCCUUGAAAACCUUAAAAAAGACGUCCUAUGCUCUCUUUGUAAUGAUCGACUUACUGAACCCAAAAUCUUUUCGUGUUUCCACACAUUUUGUAAGCCUUGUAUUAAAAGGCACGCCGAGCUGAUCGAGGAAGUCAACGUCUUCAAGUGUCCAAAAUGUAAAUCAGAAACUCCUCUGCCAGAACUAAACAGCGUUGAUGAUCUAGAACCAAGUCUGCUGCACUCAAGGAUGUUGAAGGUGUUGGAGUUUGUAGAAAGUGAGAAGGUUUGUUCUGUUUCUGGGAGUCAUCCACCAGCAUCUUGGCAUUGCUUUGAGUGUAAUCGCUCGUUGUGUGACGAAUGUGAGAAGAACCAUUCAGUGUUUAUCAAAGAUCACAAAGUUGUAUCUCUUGUAGAUAUAAAAGAAGGAGACAUCAAACUGAUGAUGAGCAGAGAAACCAACUGUGUAGACCACGUUGAUAAAAUAGUAGAGUUAUUCUGUAAAGACUGUGAAGAAAUUAUCUGCUUGGAAUGCUUGAAACAUGACCAUGAAGGUCAUUCAACCAUCACUUUAUCAAAAUAUGCAAAGAGUAAAAGUGUUUUGCUGUCUGAUAAACUUGAGCACCUUAAAAUACGUAAGCAAACAAUGGAAAAGAAAUUCAAGGAUAUGCAAGAAGUAACUGAAGAAUUGAGAGAAUCUGGAGAAAAAGAAAAGCGAGAGAUAAAGAAAAAACUGGAAGAGAGUAUUAAAGAGUUGCAAAUGAAAGCGAUGGAGCUGAUAAAGCAAAUAGACGAUGAUGUUGACGAGGCUGAGAAAAUAACAGUCAAAGGUCAGUCUGUGCUCGAUCAGACACGUGGUGCCAUGGAAUACAUGAAGAAACUGAUAGAAAUAGGAACUCAAACUGACGUUAUUCAUGUCAAAGACUUGGAAUACAAUGAUAAUAUUCUCGAAGGUGAUGAACUUAUUGAAAAAAUUCGUCACUUAGAUAAAGAAUUUGAAUUUAACGAUGAAUUGAGGAAACAAGUGAAUUCUGGUCUGGGAACCUUAAGCAAAAUUGAAACAGAUCACAAGAUGAGCACCGCUGAAGUUGAAAGUGAACUUGAAGCAACAAAGAAAUCUAAGCUGACCAUAUCGAGGAAAAGCAAAACUGGAAGAACCACUGAUUAUCUAACUGAUGUUAUUGAUGUUAAAAUCAGCCCUGAAGAUAAUGUGGAAAUAAAAGAAAACUAUGUGAGAGCUGAUGGUAAACUAGAAGUGGAGUUCAUACCUAAAGUAGCUGGUCAACUGACAGCAGAGGUUCAAGUGAAUGGGAAUCAUGUAUCUAACAGUCCACUAGUGAUAAAUGUCAAGCCACAGAAGAUGGGAAUAGCAAUAGAGUUUCAGAUGAAAGAUAUAGAGAAAAAAUCUCGAGGUUAUUCUUGGAUAGCUGUAAAUAAAGAAAACACUAGAAUCGCUGUUGCAGAUGAGUCAUUGCACUGUGUUCAUGUAUUCAACACUAACGGAGAUCACUUACUGACGUAUACAAGCCUUCGUUACCCUCAAGGUAUUUCAUUUCUGAACGAAACAGAUUUAGUCAUAGCAGACUGGGGUAAUUAUAGAAUUUGUAUAGUGAACACUACGACAGGGACAUUGGUAAAGACCUUUGGUAACCAUGGUAACGGGGAUGGAGAGUUCCAAGAACCACAAGGAGUACACGUUGAUGUCGAUGGGAACAUCAUUGUGUGUGAUUUUGGUAAUCAUCGUGUUCAAGUCUUCACAAGAGACGGUGACUAUCAAUAUCAGUUUGGUUUAUCGGGUCCAUACAUCUUUUAUCCAAUUAGCGCAGUAACACAUGAUGGACGGUUUUACGUCAGUGAUUCGGUUAACUGCGUUAUUCAUGUGUUCGAGAGGGAUGGUARCGUACCGAUUAGAAUAUCGACGAUUGGUGGUAAAGGCAGUGCUGACGGUCAGCUGAGUAAACCAUGGGGCCUGGCUAUUGAUAAUGACCAUCAUCUACUGGUCUGUGAUCGUAGGAAUAAUCGCAUCCAAAAAUUCACAUUGGAUGGUCGUUUGGUUGGCAAGACUUGCGAUGACAAUUACGCUUCUCCCAAAUAUCUAACAGUUUUAAAUGAUGGUCAAUUGCUAGUUACUUCAGAGAAGAAGAUUAAUGAUGAUGAUGAUGAUGAUGGUGAUGGUGAGGAUGAUAUGUACAACAAAGGGAAGAAGAAGAAGAAGAAGAAGAAGAAGAUGAUUGCUCCAUCAAGGCAAGAUCUUCUGGUCGUGAAGUAGCAGCUUCUUAAUGGUUGAUUCUAGUUGUCUCUUGUAACGGUUGGCUGUGGAUGGCAAUGUAUGACACCAAUAAGAAAAGUACUGCCCAAUGUGAAAAAUGGCAAACUUCUGUAUUAUCAUAAUAUUAUCCUCUUUUACUCCGACGAAGGACUAGCGUCCGAAACGUCAUGUUCUACAAAGUAUAUAAGCUGAGCUGAUUUUAACAAGAAAAGCCACUAAAAAGAUGCUAAUAACAGUUACACUUUCAAAAUCUACUGGAAAGAUUUGACCAGAGAAGUUCCAAUAUUCUGGCUGCACAUUGUUCCAAUACAGGCCACUAUUUAAAGCCUGUGUAUCACAUGACUUAUGUAAAAAGGUGUUUGUGAGUAACGUAAGAAGGGUGGCUGGGGAUUGAAAGGGGAUAAAAUCCCAAAUCACAACAAUUAUAACUGGUUAGUCAGGGGUUCUACCUUCUUUCCAUCUGUUUCAUCUUUUUCACUUUUCUUUUUCUCUUCCUGGUAAGAAAAAUUGAACCAAGACCAAUAAGUAAAUCACAUGAAUUAUUUGAAUGGCUGCACAAUUAGCACUUUAUUAUUAU